AUCACGAAGAAGAGAAACACUUCCGCACAGUCAGCAGCGACUUGCACUUUGCCUUCUGUGGCUUUUGUCGCAGAAUGGCUAAAAUGAAAGACAAGAAACGAGAAAAUGUCAGCAUCGCUUCCGAGAUUGACCGGCUGGAGGAAAGACGGGAGCGCUGCCACGACAACCUGGAGAGGGCGGAGUUUAAAAGCAGGAAGGCGAAGCUGUCCGAGCAGGAGAGACAAGAACUGGAAAACGAAAUGGCAAUAAUAAAUGAGAGGGUGCAAAAGCUCGAUAAAGAGCUUGCGAUGUUGAGAGGAGAGAACCGAAGGAACAUGGUGCUGUCAGUGGCCCUGCUUACGAUCAGUGCUCUCUUCUACUACGUCUUUUUCUACAAUGAGGAUGACACAUGACGCCACAGAGAACCUUAGAGGAAGCUGCUGCUCUUAACAAGUUCAUCUCAGCCUUGGAAUAGGAUCAUUAUCUGAGCACCUACCAAAAAAAAACAACUAAGGACUGUUUUUUUUUUUUUUGGUAUGCCUCCAGGUGGCGUCAUUGUCAUGUAAAGUUUCUCAAAUGGUGCCCUAAAGUUGCCAAAAUUUACCGAACUUUCUUAAUUAGAGAUUCUGUACCAUUUUUGAAUCCUGUGGACCAACAGUGAUAUUAAAGUUUGUUGGACAGAUUUGCCUGUGAAAUGAAUGAACAUACUCCUUGGCCUGUUUGUUGUUGUGUUUGUUUAGAAAACCCUUAUUACACAUAGGCAGCCUAAUUAGCACACUGAAUGUAAAGUUUGCCUUAUCUAAGCCAGUUCUUAAUUACAGUGAAUGCAUGAUUGCCUUUCAAAAACUACACCUAUCAGUGAAUGUGCUUGACUUUUUGUUGCUUCCUGUAUGCAUUUCAUAAAAAAUGACUAAGAACUGACAAACAUACAGAAAAAAUGUUAUGUUUACUUCAAAUAUAAAAUAAUGGAUUUGAUUUAAUUCAUUUUUGUAAAUAAAUUCAUAUUUAUCCAG